AUGAGUAACAUCGAAGUUGAAAAUGAACAAAGUAGUUCGGUAGUUGCUGUUAAAUCAUCACUAGUGUUAGAUAGCUCUAAAUCAACUAAUGCUUCUAUAUCUAAGAAAGACGUUAUUACAGAGAAAAUUAUGAUUUAUAAUGUUUCGAAUGUAUUUAGUAUUGGUGAUGUGAUGAGAUUUAGAAUCGAUAUUAAUAAGAAGAAACUAUUUUCAUAUUUUGGUAUUAAUGAUGAACAUACAUAUUUAGAGGUUAUAGUUAAAAAUAAAGAGAACCCGAUGCUAAGACCAUUAUAUAUAGCGGGUCCUUAUGCUGUCUAUACGGAUAUUAGACCACACAAUUAUAAUGAAAAUAUUAAAUUUAAUACAUAUACUGGUCAGAAUAACGUUGUUGAAGAUAUACAAUAUACUGGUGAUUUAAAACCAGAUGAAACUUUUAAAGGAAUACUAUUGAUGAAUCCCAAUUCUAAAGUUGAUGAAGACGAGAAUUAUGGUUGGACAGUAGAUAUCUUAUCACAAAUUGCCGUGACAACAUUGUUAAAACUUGAUAUCUCAAUGAAGAUUAGAAUUAUUACCGAAAAACUAAGGAGAGAAACAACCAUGUCUUUUAAUACCAAUGCAAACUUGGAAAGAAAUCAAAAUAAUAGUACAAGUAGUAUUUCAAAAAUGUAUUAUAAAAUGAAAGAUAGAGUUAAUUCUAGCUUAAAAACUGACAAUAUAAUUGAUCCACAUAAAGAGAAUGAAACUGGGUUUCGUGUAAUAAGUUGGGACACUGAUGAAUUAUGGAAUCUAAUGCCAAAAUAUGAAAAGAAACCAGUACAUCUUGUACUGUUAACUCAUGGUAUUUUCUCAAAUAUAGGUUGUGAUAUGUUGUAUAUUAAGGAUAAAAUAGAAGAAAUGACUUACAAUAUGGACGAAGAAUUUAAUCCCAAUGUUGUAAUAAGAGGUUGUAUGGAAAAUAUGGGGAAAUCGUCACACGGUGUGUAUAAACUUGGCGUCACAAUCGGUGAAUACAUUGUAAAAGAAGUUAAAAAAUUAAAUGAUCUGGGUUAUAAUAUAAAUAAAAUCUCGUUCAUAGGUCACUCUCUUGGAGGUCUAACACAAUCUAUGGCAAUUCAUUAUAUUUCUGUAAUCUAUCCAGAUUUUUUUGAUCCAGUUAAGGGCAUUAAACCUGUAAAUUUUAUUACUAUGGCAAGUCCAAUGAUUGGAAUGCCGGCAGAUUUUCCAAAAUAUGUCACCCUUGCUCUAGAUUUUGGUGCAUUAGGAAUAACAGGUAGAGAUUUGACAUUAAAAAAUACACCAUGGACUUCCAAAACCGGCAUUGGAUUAACUUACAGUACAACUACUAAUAGUAGUAAAAAAAAACUGAAAUCCAUUUUGGAAAUUUUACCACAACCUCCAGCGAGAAGUAUCUUUGAAAGGUUUAUUAAUAGAACGUUAUAUGCCAAUAUUGUUCACGAUGGUAUUGUACCUUUGAAAACGGCAGCAUUAUUAUAUCUUGAUUGGCAAGGUUUAAAUAGAGUCAAAUUAUUAAAAGAUAGUUUAGAUAACACAACACAUCAUGAUAUCGCAAAGAUAUCUCAAGAUACUACACAAGACGAUAAGAAUAAUAAUGCAGAAAAUAAUAUAUCUGAAACAAAGUCAAAUAUGGCUGAAAUUCCUGAUCAAGCACAUGAUAAAAAGGCAGCUCUUCAAUGGCUAGCACCAUUAGGGUUGACUAAUAGUUCUAAAUAUAGGUCUUAUGAAAGAACUCAAACUAUUGUCAAAGGUGAGAAAAAAGAUGGUUUAAUUGAACUAGAAUUUAAACCUCCACCUACAGCUUCCCCGGCGCUGGCUGCUUUAUCUGUUUUAACCUCUGCAGAGCCAUCACAGGAAUACAUAAGGGACCCUUCUAAAAGAACAGAUGCAAUUAUUCACGAUAAGAUUUAUAGUCCCGAUGAGUUGCCACCACGUCACUACCAGGGUAGAUCGAUUAUAAAAAAGAUCAUACACCCUAAUGAAAGAAUAAAUAGAGCGCAAGAAAGAAUUGCUAGAUCAUGGCAAGAAACAAUGAUAUGGAGAAAAGUUUUAGUAAAUCUAAAACCAGAUUCACAUAAUAAUAUAGUUGUUCGUAGAAGGUUUCUCAAUUUAUUUGGUAAUGUUGCUGUUAUGCAUAUGGUCAAUGAACAUUUCGGUGUUGAAGCCUGUAAAACUUAUGCAAAAAUAGAAUAA